AUGGAGAGUAUAAGAGAGCAGAACCAUGGCGCAGGGGCCGAGGACGACUUCCUGUUCGACAUGAAUUCUACAGAAGAAGAGGACGACUUCCUGUAUGGUGAAACAGCCCCAGCAGUCAUGCUCAUGGAUGAGAUGAACAGAGAAGUUGACCACUUAGCAGGCUUUGCAGUGGUUGAACUGCAGGACAUCCUCUCCCAUAAGCUGAAGCGUUUCAUGGAGAAUGUAUUGACAGAGUCACAAAGUCUCCUGCACCUUUCGGAGCAUCUGAAGCACAGGGAGAUGCAGAGGGUUGAAGAAGAGAAGGAUGAUCUUAUUCACACCCUUCAGCAUCAGCUGAGUGUCACAGAGCAGCAGAACCGUGUACUCCUGGAAAUGCUGAUGGCAUGCGAGGCACGAGUUCAGGAGGCAGAGAAAGAAAAGCAACAGGAGGCUGAGAGAAGGAAAGACUGUGAGAAGCAGAUGAGGAAUAUGAAACUCUCCAUUGAAGGCUUAAACAACCAGCUAGAGCUCACGCUAGACGACCUGCAGGGGCAGCUGAAAGUCUCAAUGGAGAGAGAAGAGAAUCUCACAAGAUCUCUAGAGAAAGCCACAGCCAGUCACAAGGCUGAAGUACAGCAACUCCAGCACAGUCUAUAUGAAGCCAAAUCAGAGACCAGAGAAAUGGAGAUGAAGCUUCAAACUGACAUCAUAGAUCUGGAAGUAGAGCUGAUGGAUGCACAAGCCUUCAUAAGGAGAGAGCUGCAGAAAUCACAGCAGACAGAAAAGAAGUAUGAGGAAACAAUGAAGAAGCUCACAGUCACAGAAACACCGCUGGAAUGUGACAUAUGGGUUGAGGAGACAGAAGAUCCAUGGGAGGUUAUGAGCGAUGAAAACAUGCUCAUGGAUGAGCUGAAUAGAGAGGUUGACCACGCAGCAGUCUCUGGAGUUGUUGACCUGCCGGACAUCCUCUCCCAUAAGCUGAAGCCUUUGACGGAGGACGUAUUGACCAAGUCGUACCAUCUCCAGCACCUUUCUGAUCAUCUGAGCUUCAAAGAGCUGCAGAUGUUUGGAGAAGCAGAGACUGGAGAUCAGGUUGAUAAGACCCCUCAUCAGUCUCCACAGGAGGCGCUCCAAGAGAAACUGUGCACCUCUGAGAACAUGGUCAAGUCCCUCCAGCUGGAGCUUAGCUCCUCUCAGCAGCAGCUGAGCGCCACAGAGGAGGAGAACCGUGUACUCUGGGAAAUGCUGAUGGCAUGCGAGGCACGAGUUCAGGAGGCAGAGAAAGAACAACAAAAGCAGGCUGAGAGAAGGAAAGACUGUGAGAAGCAGAUGGGGAGUUUGAAACUCUCCUUUGAAGGCUUGACCAACCAGCUAGAGCUCACGCUAGACGACCUGCAGGGGCAGCUGAAAGUCUCAAUGGAGAGAGAAGAGAAUCUCACAAGAUCUCUAGAGAAAGCCAUAGCCAGUCACAAGGCUGAAGUACAGCAACUCCAGCACAGUCUAUAUGAAGCCAAAUCAGAGACCACAGAAAUGGAGAUGAAGCUUCAAACUGACAUCAUAGAACUGCAAGUAGAGCUGAUGGAUCAACAAGCCUUCAUAAGGAGUGAACUGAAGACAUCACAGAAAUGGAUUUGA